AUGGUAAAUUCACAAUCUUUGGGUUCGACAUCACAGAAUGCAUCUAGUGGUGGGUCUAAACCACUAAGAACCUCGAUACUGUCAUUUACGAAUCAUUUGAGUAAACUGGCACCAGGAAAACUUUUGAAUUCUUUGAUGCAUGAUAUGGAAGAUCAAGAAGUUGAGAUAGAACAUUUCAAAUAUAAGCAAGAAUUGGAGAGAAAAUUAUCUGUUACAUCGGUUAUUGGUUUGGGUUUCGGAAUAGUAGGGGUGGUGUUUGGUUUAUCCUCUACGAUAUGGAUUUCACUUAUUGAUGGGGCCAACGUUACAAUUCUAUAUGGCUGGGUAAUCACGGCAUUUUUCUCUACUUGCGUUGUUCUAAGUCUAAGUGAAAUCGUCUCAAAGUACCCUACAUCUGGAGGUGUUUAUCAUUUUAGUGCUCUUUUAAGCAAUGAGAAAUAUUCGUCUGUCUGUUCUUGGUUUACUGGAUGGUUUCUCAUUAUCGGGAACUGGACUUAUGCUGUUAGCAUAAUGUUCGCCGGAUCUCAAUUUAUAUUGUCUAUCUUUGGUUUAAAAGACGCUUAUUAUAAAGAAGAUGCGUUCCUCGUGUUAGCUGUUUAUUUUACUUUAUUGACCUUCUGUGGUUUUGUCAAUUUCAAAUUCGCCAAAUUUUUAGAAAAGAUUAAUAAAGUUUGUAUUAUUUGGUCCAUUUCAACAGUUUUGACUAUUGAUUUUCUUUUAAUUUUUUUUGCAAAGAAAACCAAUUCAAUAGAAGAGAUAUUAACGAGAUUUGAUAAUACUCGUUCUGGAUGGCCAGAUCCCUUGGCGUUUAUGGUGGGACUACAAAGCCCAUCAUUUACUUUAUCUGGAUAUGGUAUGAUCUAUUCCAUGACGGAUGAAGUAAAGAAUCCAGAAAGAAACAUGCCUAAGGGUACGAUUAGCGCUAUUUUAUUGGCGGGGUUAACUGGAAUUAUCUUUAUUAUUCCUAUAUUAACCAUAUUACCAGAGCUUACAUUAUUGUUAGACGAAACUCCAGAAAUUAUGCCAAUUGACUUAAUAUUCAAAUUUGCUACUGAGUCAUAUUUGAUAUCAUUUUUAUUGGUGCUUCUUUUAGUAGGAACUGUUUUCUUCCAGGCAAUUGCUGCAUUAACCACGGCCUCCAGAACAACGUAUGCAUUUGCUCGUGAUGGAGGGUUGCCGUUCAAGAACUAUUGGGUGGAGGUUAACUCUAUUGAAGAAUCCAUCAUUCCAAAAAACGCACUAUUUUUGUCGAUGAGUGUCUGUGGGGCAUUAUCAUUGUUGUCCUUGUUCUCUUCAUCCGCAUUCAAUGCAUUUAUGGGGUCAUCGGUUAUUUCCCUUGCAUUGGCGAAUGGGAUACCUAUUCUUUGCUUGAUGCUAAACAAAAGAAAGAAAAUCCAUGGCGCUGCGUUCCGCUUAAAAGGGUUUGGAUGGUUAGUCAAUGGCUUAUCCAUUUUUUGGGUAGUUCUACUGUUCAUAAUCCUAUGCUUGCCGCCGGUCAUUAAGGAUCUUACGUGGUUUACCAUGAACUACGCCAUAGUUGUAAUUCUUGGUUUUGCAGGGUUUGCCACGUUAGGAUAUAGGAUAUGGGGGGUUGGAAGCUUCGAGGGUCCUCAAAUUGACCACGACUAUUUUGAACUCCAGGACUUGGUUCGUAAGAAUUUUUCGGUGGAUGAUUCGUAUGUUCAGGGCAUCGACGAUCAAGACGAUGAUGGCAAUGCGAUCACAGGGCCUUCCGACAUACAAACAGAUCUCAACAAGCCAAGCGAAGGCCCUUAG